AUGUCUGCCUCCGGAAGCCUACGACGAGCUCAACAUGCCGCGUGCUAUGCACAGCUCUGCGCCUCCUUCAGACUUCUCUGCCUCUCAAACCCUCGACAAUUCAGCACCUCCUUCGCUCACAAUACCGACAAGACUGAAUCGGUCGAGGAAAAGCCCCGAAAGAAGACUGAACUCCAGACGAAGGUCACCAAAGAACCCACGGCGCUUGAACGUGCCGCACAGGCUUUGCGCCAGUCCAAGGCAAAGGCGAGGGAUGCCGCUGGGCAACAGGCACAACCUGCGACUGGUCGAUUGGCUGACACCAAUGUCUUUGCUUCACACCAGGACAUCGAUAGGGAAGAAGAUGAUCCAGAUCAGGGCGUCUUCGAGGGACGAAGUAUCGCAAAUAUUGAGCGUGCCCUCAAUCCCAAACCAAACGCUCGUGCUCGAUGGCAAGCGAGGAUGGUAGCGAAACACGUCCGACGUGGUGGCCGAUUGACCAAGGAGAUGCUGAUCGCGAGGACGGAGAGACAACAUCAACUACAGUCGCAUUUCUUCAAGACCUCGCAGAAGAAAUUGAGGCCGCUCGCUACUCAGAUCGCCGGCAAAUCUAUCGAUGAAGCUAUCCUGCAGAUGCGGUUCUCAAAGAAAAAGGUGGCUCAAGAUAUCCACGCCCAUCUCAUUCAUGCUCGAAACGAGGCCAUGGCUGUCAAAGGGAUGGGCAUGCAGGUCAGGACCGACGUUAAGCCGACACUACCCACCGGUGCCGUGGUGUUGGAUCCGAGCACAACGCCUCCUCAAGAUCACGAGUUGCCCACCAAGGCUCUGAGGAAGGGAGAAAAGGUGAGCCCCACAGAUAUCUACAUUGCUCAAGCAUGGAUCAAUCGCGGCAAAUUCGGCCGAGAGCCGGAGUAUCGUGCCAAAGGAUCUAUGAACAUUCUUCGACCACCGUAUACCGGUCUCACAGUAUUACUGAAAGAGGAGAAGACGAGGACGAGGGAGCGCACAGAGAAGGAGGUCAAGGCUAUUCGCAAGAGGAUUGGCAAGAACCUUUGGACUCAGCUUCCCGAUCGACCUGUUACUCGACAGAGUCAGCAUGUUCUGUGGUAA